AUGUCCGCUUUUGAGCAUUUAGAGGGUAUGAUUAAUAGAGAAAACCUUACAAUUUCCCCAGAGCUGUAUAUACCCGAGAAAGUAUCUCCUAUUAUGACUGUAGAUCAGUUUGCUCAUUGGCUGUCAGGUGUUUUAAAGAAAAAUAGUUCCUCCUGGCUUCAUUACAAUUUGGCUUCACUGUACUGGAGGGCGAGAGGUAAUGGACCCAAGGCAAUGGAAUGCAGUCGGCGUGCUGUACAUUAUGCACCAAGAGAGUACAAAGAUAUUGCUCUCUUCACCAUGGGGACUAUAUUACAUCUCAGCAAAAUGACAGAGGAUGCAGUGGUCAUUUUGAAUGCAGCAGUUGAUCACAAUCCUAAUUUUCACUUGAGCCAAUUCCAACUUGGAAAUGCAUAUGCUGUGCUGUGCGACUUCAAUAGUUCAGACAGGCAUUUCGGUCAAUGCUUGAAGUUGGAUCCUAAUUUUAAAAUUGCUGUCAAACAUAAACAUGGUGUGCGAUGUCUUUCUAAUAUAUGGAAAAAGUUGGCGAUUGUGCGCAAUGCCUCGAAAAAACUACGAGAUGAGCUUACAAUAUACAGUCAAAAAGAAGCGCAACUUCUCAAUUCACAGAGCUCAUAUUUGAAUUCAGCGAAACACAAAGUGGAACACGAUACAAGGAACGCGGCGAAGAACAGCGAGAAGAUGUCGGAGCUGACCGGCCUGGAUAUAAAGAGGCUGAAUCUGAAAGGCGACAAGUACUCCCUGAUCAAGCACUUCCUUCAAAGCUCGAUUUACACCCAACUUUGGUCGGAUAAAGCCAACCUGGAGGCGGUCGACACCGCCAACAGUUUCCAGAGGCUGGUGUUGCACAUAGAGAAACAAUCUACCAGGGCCCCGGGAAGCGCGCAGUCGGAAUUGCUGAAAGAGACAACAUUCAAGGACCAACUCCCGAUCUUAGCGAUAAAUAAACCGCGCAAUGAAGUGAAACUUGAUGAGAAACAAAAUGGCGUAAAGUCAACCAGCGAAGUUGAGGACGAAAUGAAAGAAUUUGAAACCGGUACACCCUUGUAUCCAUCAACAAUGAAAAUCAAUCGCAACACUGAAGAAUUCGAUAAGGACCCCGAUUGGCCCUCCGACGCAUUCUGCAAAGCGGCUGCCACUAAUUUCCCGGGGAAUGUCCAGGCCAUAUACCCAGUGUUUAUAUGUUUCGAAAAUAAAGGUAUACGGCUCGGCACGCUGCUGACCGACAAGUUGGGCGUGCCGGCCUCCGAGGAGUACGAGCUGCCCUGGCACCCGCCCACCUGCCCCCAGGACAAGGCCGCCGCCAAGCUCCUGCUGAAGAAGCCACAGAAGAGCCCAUUGGCGGUAGUUGUGACAACGGAUUACAUGAAAAGGAAGCUAUUGGAGUACGUGGCGGAUGGAAAUGUGGAUCUCGUGGCUCAUAUGCAGGUCGAGGAAAUAGGUCAACGGAUUUAUGCCGCUACCAAAAAGAGGCUGGCGCCCGAGUGGCUUUUGUACACGCUGGCCUCGCUGUACUGGCGCGUGCGCGGCAACUACGUGAGCACGGUGCACUGCCUGUUCGCCGCCAAGAAGACUGUGCCGCCCCGGAACCGCGACCUGGUGCUCACCUCGCUCGCCUCCGUCUGCCUCGAGACGGGCCACGUCGACGAGGCGCUCUCCGCCGCCGAAGAGGCCUUCAGGGUCGCCUUGUACGAGCCGGCGACCAACUUCGUCCUGGCCGAGUUGAACAUGCUGCAGAAGAAUCGCAAAACGCAAUUGUUCCACUUGAAGCAAGUUCUGCGCGUCGACGGGGAAUUCCUCGACGGGCUCGCGAGGGACCUCUUCCACGGCUGGGCCUGCAUACUGAAGCAGGUCAACUCGCUGACGGAAAUGGAUUACGGCGAUGGAGAAUUUUGCACGCAAGUCGAGGCGGACCUAAAAAUGGUGUGCGAAAAGGACGGCAGUAACUGCCACAUGAUCGACGACAAUUGUCACGGCAACAAGAGAAAAGCGGACACCAGUGCCAUACUGCGCCUGAUGGAGCUCAAGGACCCGAUCAUGCAUAAAACCUUCAAUUAUGAUAUGAACCAGCACGUGUUCGAGGCCUUCGUGAGGAACAUGCCGGCCGACCCCAGCAACUUCCUCGGCCACAAGCUCAACUUCAACAGCCUGAUGAUAACCGUCCACGAGGAGCUGAAAGGCUGUGGCUCCAAGGGCUGUCGCAACCUCCAAGCGGAGGACCUGGCUAUGAAGGAGGAAGAUUGCGCUUACCAUCAUCUGCAGCUCGGCUACUGGUUGCACAUCGUAUGCUUCAAGCAAACGUUUGCUGACCCUAACUUGAAGAUAAACGCGGAAAUCGCCGCGAUGACGCCCUCCAACAAGAAAGUUCCAGAAUGCCGCCUUUUCGGGGACUCCUCUAAGGAUUUCUUUCUGGAGCGAGUCGUCCGCGUGGACUCGUCGGAUUGGACGCCGAUACUAAGCUUGAUGCACCAAUUCGCCGAGAUGUUCAACUUCUUCGAUUAUCUCACCCUGGGCGCGAAAAUAGCGAAAUACGUGGAAACUAAGCCGCGCUCGUGGAUGGGCGCGCUGGGCGCGGGCUGGUGGUGCGGCGCGGGCGGGAGGGGCGCGUGCGCGGUGCGCUGCCUCUCCGCCGCGCUCUCGCUCGCGCCGCCGCAGCACGCGGCGCUCGUGCUGCGCAGCCUCGUCGCCCUCCUGCUCACGUACGCAACAUUCGCGCACACUUACCUGCCGAACGCAUACACGCAAUCUAAAAAACAAGACGCUAAAGAAAUAGCAUACCUCUCUUUCUAUUUGUCGCCAAAGAGCAAGAUUGAAGCGUUCCUCGUAGCUAUUUCUCACACAUGCCUAGCCGAAUACGAACAAGCCAUAUGGAUGUACCGCUACGCUCUGACAUUUGAUGAAAAGUAUCUCCCUGCGAAAGCUUGUCUCCACGCCACCGUGUGUAUCAUGUUCUACGGAGAGAAUAAAAUACCGGCUUUGGAAGAA